CCUAAAGAAAAAGAUGCUAGCCAAUGAAAGGUGCAAGAAGCUCACCAUUCCACCAUAGAAAUUUAUCUUAUUAUCUGUACAAUUUAAUUGUCUUCAAUGGCCACUCACUCUUUCCUGGAAAAACCUCUCGUUCCUCUCCCUAUCUCUUUUCUUCAAAUCCCUUAUAUAAUCCCCUCCCUGCUCCUUCCUCCUCCACCUCUCCUAUUCCCUUAGCUUAGACCACAAGUUACAACCAACAAAAAAGAGAAACAACCCUAGCCAGGCUGCUAGUUAGUUAGCCAUUAAUAUAUAUAUUAUAUUUGUUUGUUGUUACCCUGAGGGAUAUGGAACUCGACAUUGCAGUUGAUUUCGAGGAUUACUUUCCAUCGAUGGUGGAGAGAUUGGGAGCUGAAGGGUUUAUAGGGGAGCUGUGUAACGGGUUCAGGCUGCUGAUGGACUGCGAGAGAGGGCUGAUCACGUUCGAGAGCUUGAAGAGGAACAGCAUUUUGUUGGGGUUGAAUGACAUGAGGGAUGAUGAGAUUGUUUGCAUGUUGACUGAAGGGGAUUUGGAUGGUGAUGGCGCCUUGAACCAGGUUGAGUUUUGUAUUCUCAUGUUUAGGUUGAGUCCUGGGCUAAUGGAUGGAUCAAAACAAUGGGUGGAGGAUUAUGAUGUUAUAUGAAAGCUACUCAAAUUGUAAAACUAAGUUCAAUUCUUCUUCUUCAUCAUCAUCAUCAUCUUUGUUGUUUGUUUUUCCAUUGUUGGUAAGCAUGAAAAUCUUCAAGCUCAGAAUUGCAAUUCAAUGGAAUUAAACCAUGUCUUGGAGAAGCAAGAAUAAGAAAUAAAUUAAGAUCUGUAAGAUCUUUAAUUCUACUUAG